CAGAGCUGUACAUCUCUCUGUAUUAGUUCAAAUAGAGCCACUUUUUUAUGGCUCCAUAAUAUUCCAUUAUUGGAUGUAUUGUAAUUUAUUUAAUACAAGUCUCUCUUACAGAUGAACAUUUAGGUGUCAGGAUGUUGAGCUGGGUCCAGAGGGUGUUGCCUCAGCCCCCAGGGACCCCUCAGAAGACCAAGGUGGAGGAGGAGGAGGGGGGCGCAGAACCAGAGCCGGAGGUGGAGCGGGAACCAGAACCAGAGCCGGAGCCUGACACCGCCCCCGAGGAGGCUGAGAGAGGGGCUGAGUCCCUGACACCUGAAGAGCCGCUGGAGGGGGAGGAAUUGGCUGCAGCUGACCCAGGCCCUCAGGAAAUCCAGGAGGCUGCCUCUACUCCGCCUACAUCCCUCCAGGCCCAGGUCUCCGUGGUUCCCGAAGUGAACAGCAGUUCCGGCAGUUGGGUGCUGAGCUGGCUCAAGAAGGGCAUGGAGAAGGUUGUCCCACAGCCCGUGCCCAGCGGUGGUCCCGCCCAGAGCAUGGCUGCUGUCUCGGAGGGCCCUGCUCAGGCAGGUGCACAGACGUCUGGGCCAUGCAGCACUGGGGGCUCAGAUGGACUCGGGGAGGCUCCUGGGGCCCAGGACACUGGGUCUGGGCCCUGGCUGCUCAGGUGGCUUGAGCAGAAUCUGGAGAAAGUGCUGCCUCAGCCCCCAAAACCCUCCCAGGACUGGAGAGAUGAGGCUGGAGGUGCUGCCUUGGGCCCAGAGCCCCCAGAACCCACCUUGGAAAUGGAGCCCACGCUGCAGGCCCCGGAGAGCCACGGUGAGCCCACGGCUGGCCCCCCGGAGCCCACAGAGGAGCUGACCUCAGAGCCCCAGCCCUGCUCCCAGGCUUCCUCCCUGCUGCCCCCCAGCGACCCCGCCAGGUUGAUGGCUUGGCUCCUGCACAGGCUGGAGAUGGCCUUGCCGCAGCCAGUGCUCCACGGGAAGGCCAGGGAGCAGGAGCCUGACUCCCCUGGGACAUGUGAUGUGCAGACAAUCUGCAUCCUCCCUGGAGGCCAAGAGGAGCCCGAUCUCGUCGUAGAGGAGGUUGACCCUCACUGGGAGGAGGACGAGCAUCAGGACGGUGGCACUGGCCCGCAGGGCUCAGAGGCGGCUCCAGUUUACGAAGAGGAGAAUGAGGCCGUGGAAGAGAUGCCCAGUGUCCUGCUGGAUAGCUGUCUGGUGGCACAGGCUGGCGAGCAUCCGAGCGGAGUAGGCAGGACGCAGCCCCAGAGGGCCUCGCACCAGGAGCUGCAGGAGGAGGCUGUGACUGUCAGCCCAGAAGUGCCUGCUACAAAAAAGCACCCCGAAGUACAGGUGGAAGACACUGAUGCAGACAGCUGCCCCGUCAUCGUGGAGAACCCACCAUCACCCGAGCUGCCACCACCUUCUCCUGCCAAAUCCGACACCCUCACUGUCCCGGGAUCUGCCGCAGGAACCGAAAGGAAGAGGCUGCCCUCCCAAGAUGAUGAGGCUGAAGAGCUCAAGGCACUGUCACCAGCUGAGUCCCCCAUGGUCGCCUGGUUGGACACGUCCAGCCCACAGGGCACUGAUGGCCAGGAUCGCGCAGCCUCCGCAGCCAGCCAGAACAGCGCCAUCAUCAACGACCGGCUCCAGGAGCUGGUGAGGCUUUUCAAGGAGCGGACAGAGAAGGUGAAGGAGAAGCUCAUCGACCCUGAUGUCACCUCUGAUGAGGAGAGUCCUAAGCCCUCCCCGACCAAGAAAGCCCCGGAGCCGGCCCCGGACGUGAAGCCGGCUGAGGGGGGGCAGGCGGAGGAAGAGCACUAUUGUGACAUGCUGUGCUGCAAGUUCAAGCGCCGGCCCUGGAAGACGUACCGGUUUCCCCAGAGCAUCGACCCGCUGACCAACCUGAUGUACAUCCUGUGGCUAUUCUUCGUGGUGCUGGCCUGGAACUGGAACUGCUGGCUGAUCCCCGUGCGCUGGGCCUUCCCCUACCAGACGCCAGCCAACAUCCACCUCUGGCUGCUGCUGGAUUACCUGUGCGACCUCAUCUACCUCCUGGACAUCACCGUGUUCCAGAUGCGUCUGCAGUUCGUCAGAGGGGGAGACAUCAUCACGGACAAGAAGGAGAUGCGCGACAACUACCUGAAAUCUCGUCGCUUUAAGAUGGACAUGCUCUGCCUCCUGCCUUUGGACUUGCUCUACCUGAAGUUCGGUGUCAAUCCCCUCCUGCGCUUGCCCCGCUGUUUGAAGUACAUGGCCUUCUUCGAGUUUAACAGCCGCCUGGAAUCCAUUCUCAGCAAAGCCUAUGUUUACAGGGUGAUCAGGACCACGGCUUACCUGCUCUACAGCCUGCAUGUGAACUCAUGUCUGUAUUACUGGGCGUCAGCCUAUCAGGGCAUCGGCUCCACUCACUGGGUUUACGAUGGUGUGGGAAACAGUUACAUUCGCUGUUACUACUGGGCUGUGAAGACCCUCAUCACCAUCGGUGGGCUGCCUGACCCCAGGACGCUCUUUGAAAUCGUCUUCCAGGGGCUGAACUAUUUCACGGGUGUCUUCGCUUUCUCUGUGAUGAUUGGACAGAUGAGAGACGUGGUGGGGGCCGCCACCGCGGGGCAGACCUACUACCGCAGCUGCAUGGACAGCACCGUGAAGUACAUGAACUUCUACAAGAUCCCCCGGUCCGUGCAGAACCGGGUCAAGACCUGGUACGAGUACACCUGGCAGUCCCAAGGCAUGCUGGACGAGUCAGAACUGAUGGUGCAGCUUCCAGACAAGAUGCGUUUGGACCUUGCCAUCGACGUGAACUAUAACAUCGUCAGCAAAGUGGCUCUCUUCCAGGGCUGUGACCGACAGCUGAUCUUUGACAUGCUGAAGAGGCUCCGUUCUGUCGUCUAUCUCCCGAAUGACUACGUGUGCAAGAAGGGGGAGAUAGGCCGAGAGAUGUACAUCAUCCAGGCGGGACAGGUGCAGGUCCUGGGUGGCCCCGAUGGGAAGGCCGUGCUGGUGACGCUGAAGGCUGGAUCCGUGUUUGGAGAAAUAAGCUUGCUGGCUGUUGGGGGCGGGAAUCGGCGCACGGCCAAUGUGGUUGCCCACGGGUUUACCAACCUCUUCAUUCUGGAUAAGAAGGACCUCAAUGAAAUUUUGGUGCAUUAUCCCGAGUCUCAGAAGUUACUCCGGAAGAAGGCCAGGCACAUGCUGAGAAAUAACAACAAGCCCAAGGAGACGAAGAGUGUGCUCAUCCUCCCUCCCCGGGCAGGCACCCCCAAGCUCUUCAAUGCCGCCCUGGCCGUAGCAGGAAAGAUGGGCGGCAAGGGGGGCAAAGCCGGAAAGCUUGCCCACCUGAGGGCUCGGCUCAAAGAGCUGGCAGCGCUGGAGGCAGCCGCGAGGCAGCAGCAGUUGCUGGAACAGGCGAAGAGCUCACAAGGUGCUAUGGGAGAGGCGGGCCCUGCCGCCCCGGAGCAGCCCGCACAGCCACCGCCGGAGCCCCCGGAGCCCCCGGAGCCCCGGGCCCCGCGCUCUCCGCCACCUGCCUCCCCUGGGAGGCCCGAGGAAGUCGGGGAGGGGGAGGCCAGGCCCGAGGAGCCCUCGGUGCAGAUCUGCGUGAGCCCGGGCCCGGAUCCUGGUGAGCAGAUCCUGUCGGUGGAGAUCCCGGAGAAGAAGGAGGGCGAGUGAGGCGGCGCCCAGCGCGCCACUCCCAGCAGGGCAGGUGCCGGCGCGUCCUCCCCGCGCCCCAGGCUGGUGCCCAGCCCCGCACCCGGCUUCCGCAGGCCCGGAUUCCCCGGGCACAGUAGAGUCUGUCAUUUCUGCCCCGGCAUCGGCUUCUGCCACGGCUGGUCUUGAAGUCAACCGAUGUAGUGUUUGUGUCCCGAAGUCCCCCGUCACCUGAGAACCCUACCUCUCCCGACUAUGAUUUUUAAGAACAAAAUUCUUUUCUAUUUUAAAAGUUUAUAGUCGGAGCAGGGAACGGGGUUCCAACAUCUGGGAAGGGACCUUAUGCUCAUUAGGGUGGUUAGUACGGAUCUUCCCCAGGCUGUGUUCAGUUCCGAGUUCAAUGCAGGUAUCUCAGAACAGAUAAAAUGGAAGUGGGCCUACUGGCAACGGGCUGUGGGCUGUGAGCGAUUCUGGGCACCCCUGCCGGUCCCCAGGUCUGCAGGGGUUCAUGCUUGCUUGCUUUUGACACCCUUGCUGCAUAGAUGAUGGCAGCAACUUCCAUUAAUCCUAGGAGACAGAAAUCACAGCUGACACCACUGACAUUCCUGAAGUUUCUCCAGAUCAAGUCAUGUUUCUUUCAGGAU